AUGAAGAGGACUCGUAGAGGUACUACUGAGACUUCAUCAUCUCGACCUGAUAGACAACGUCUCACAGCCUCAACGAGGAGACAAAGAGCGGCUUUUCAAGAUCACUUUGAGGAUACUACAGAGGUUGAAGAUGUAGCUCCUACUCAUGAUAGUAAUGUUGACGCAGAGGUUGAAGAUGUACCUGCUACUCAUGAUAGUAAUGUUGAGGUACAUGUCGAGCCUACUGAGCCAUCUCGAGUAGGUCUCAUUGAUCCAUCUUUACUUACGAGUUUUAAAACUCACAUAGCAGCUGUAAUUUGUGUUAACGUAAGUCUCCUAAUUAAUCAAGGAAAUUUACUUCCUUGA